GUGAGAAAGAGGUGGUGACAAUGGUGGACCUGCAGCUGGUGGGUUUUGUGUGAUCUCCUCAUUGGCAGUAUUUAUAGGCAGAGUGAGUAAGUGUGUUUCAGCAGACCCAAAGAUCAAAAGCGCGAGACUCAUCAGACAGAGAGAGAGAGAGAGAGAGAGAGACAAGAGAGAAAACUUCUGCGUGUGAGUGAGAGAGAAAGAGAGAUUGGCUUUGGGUGUGGUGAGGGUUUCAACGGAGGAGACAUGCCCGAGUUCAACCCAGCAGCUCUAUUUCUUGCUUCUUCAUACCACCACUAAGCAGAUCCCAAAGAUCUUACUAAAGGGUUUGUGGAAAGCUCAAUGAAGCCGUUUCUGUCAUUGAAUCAUACUGAUCCUGACGUCAAUUGUUCGAACCUUGAUUCUAAUCACUCAAUGGCUCACGUUCCUUAUCCAUAUGGCGAUCCUUUUUAUGGCAGUUCUCUAGUGUCUUAUGGAUCACAGGCUAUUAAUCAACCCCAAAUGGUUCCACAAAUGUUGGGGCUUGCAUCUACAAGAGUUGCAUUACCACUUGAUCUUGCAGAAGAUGGGCCCAUUUAUGUCAAUGCAAAACAAUACCAUGGAAUACUGAGAAGGCGACAGUCACGAGCAAAGCUUGAGGCUCAAAACAAACUCAUCAAAAGCCGAAAGCCAUACCUUCACGAGUCUCGGCAUCGCCAUGCUUUGAACCGGGUUAGGGGAUCUGGAGGUCGCUUUCUCAGCACCAGACAGCUUCAACAAUCCAAUGCACAAGUUGUGACGAGUGCCAAUUCUGGCUCAGACUCUGUCAACUUGUAUCAAAAGAAAGAUGCAUCUGAAGUGGAAAUUAUUCAUCCCUCAAGGACCGGCACAGGUGAAAAUGCAUCUUCUAUCUCAACCUGCUCUGACAUGACAAGUGGAUCCAGUAACAAUGUCAAUUUUAGGCAGCCGGAGUAUACGUUCCUGGGAAACUCUCCAAACAUGGGCAGGCAUCACAAUGCAGUGGUGGACUCACCUUUGGCAGGACCCAGCAACGCGCACCAAUUGUCCGGUGAGGGCUGAUAGACGAAAAAUAUCUGUUCUCCACUGGUCAGGCAAAUCAUCCUUGGCUUCAUCACUUUACUACUUUUUCUGUUUUAAGGUGUCACAGAAAUGGUGUUUUUAUUAUACUAGACCCUGCAAAAAAAAAAAAAAAAAACUGGAGAACUUUAGCAGCACUUCUUUGCUGUGUAUCUUUAAGUUGCUGUGACGUACAAACUUAAGAUUGUGAUCUAUCUAUGUCAUCUGACAACCGUGUGUGGUUUCAUAGGACGUCUUUUCUUCUAUUUUAUAUAUCUUCCAUUCGACGUCUUUAUUA